AUGCUGCCCAAUCACAAAGCCAGCUUCUAUAAUGAGACAGAGAACUACAUAAAAUGUCCUUUUUCAAGCAACCUGCUACAAGAAGAUAGCUCUCCAGAGCCAGAGCAGCUUCCUCGGGAGGACUGGACCUCUCUUCCCAGCCUCCCUCGAUUCUCGGGGCCGACCGUUCCAAACGUGGGACGCCAGUUUUUCAUCUAUUCUCCCUCUAGCAUCUUGAAGCUGGGUAGUUUAGAUGGUGAAGGUGACAUGACCGCGCUCGCCCAUUCUAUACUAGGCCCCUAUGUCCCACACGUCGGCCUUAUUCUCACUCGCCAACCAGGCACGCCGCUAUUCGAGCUCUGGCCCUCCCUCACCCCUCUGCAGCGCCAGACUGUUAAGGUAGAGCUCUGCCGUCUCCUUAUACACAUGCGUGCGCAUCACUUCUCCUACUACGGCCGGCCUAUAACAGCAGCCGUACCUCCUCUUCUCUGA